AAACCAGAAGAGGUGCUGACGCGCGAGCAGGCAAGUGCAGCGCUCAGCCACCUGGGCAAGGCAGCCGAUGGGCUGCGCUAUGCCUACCUGGCAAUGCGGCUGCCCGGCUGCCGCCUCUGCGACAUCUCCGCUGCAGCCGCCUUUCAGAACAUUCUCUUCAUUGACGUGUCCAACAACAGGUUGCGUGAUGGAAGCCUGGAUGUGCUGUCAGCCAUCCCAUUUCUGGUGAUGAUCAAGGCAGAGAACAACCUGCUGGAGUCGGCUGCCAUACCAGCAAUGCCCUACUUGCAGCUGCUCAUCCUCAAUGGCAACCGCAUCACACACACACAUGGCAUUGAGCAUCCUCUGCUGGAGUGCCUGGAACUUGGUCACAACCAGAUCCGUGACAUCUGCAGCCUGGAGCCUGACAUCCUCAAAAGGCUGCGCACCCUAGACCUCCGAGCCAAUGUGCUCACCUCCACUGCAGGCAUCCAGUUACCUACACUUGAGAACCUCUACCUGGCACAGAACUCUAUCCAACUACUUGAGGACCUGCAAUCACUCACCAGUCUGCGUGUCCUCCACUUGCGGCAGAAUCCUCUCAGGUUGCUGACGGGCUUCAGUAACAAAAUGGCUCAUCUGACAUACCUCAACCUGCGCGGCUGUAAGAUUGAAGAUAUGAGUGAGCUGAAGAAGCUGGCAUGCCUGCCAAUGCUGGAGACACUUGUGAUCUCAGAGAACCCGAUGGUCGAGGCUGCAGAGGAGGAGUACCGUGUGUCAUUGUUGUCUGAGCUGCCUCGUCUGAAGAGGAUAGACAAGCUGGCUGUGGAGGAGGAAGAGCUGAUGGCUGCAGAGGAGCUGAUUGCUGCCCGCACGGAGGUUCCGGAGGGCGAGGACGAGCAGGUGGCAGACGAAGAAGAUGAAAUUUGAGAACGACGACUUAUGGUACUCUUAAGUUCCCUCCCUCCAUACCCGUCAAGUUUCAGGUGGUGCUUACUUUCAGAAACUGUCAACUGUGCCAAGGACAUGUAAACUUUGUAAUACAAUAGUACAGACACUGUAUGGAUAUAGUUUUGUUCUAAAAUGUUCUGCAGUCCAUAUAACAAUUCUUACUUUUGCAAUGUUUGUAAUUCUUUGUCAUAUGUAAUUCUUUGUUAUAUGUAAUUCUUAGUCAUAAUUAAUGUAAGGGACGCAAAUGGAGAUUAGAUUUGAAGAUGCCUCAACACUUGGUCUGCCAGUUUUGUAUUGUGGUACAGGUGUAAGUAACUAACUUCAUGAAUUAGUCCACACACAUCACUGUUCCUGUUUUAGUCUUUCUAGCUGUAAUUUCGUACCCUGAGUCACUCAGUUAAUAUAAA